AUGACGUCAUACCAGCCCUAUUACGGAGAAAAGGUGCGCAACGUCGGUGCAAAAAUAGUUCUUUCUCAUUCUACUAGUUCAGUUGUUUUUAUGUGGAGUAAACGAAAUAUAAGGAAAACAUUGGCACUUCGACAAUUUCAAAUUUCUGAUAUCAGACAUUCAGACUGCAGACAAACAAGAGUAACUAACUUUUCCUGUCUACAAAUGGAUUUUCAUCUGAAGAGGUUACUAUGGUCACAUAUACUACAAGUUUAUGCACCGACAACGAUUUUACUUAUCAUCUCGUGGAUCUCGUUUUGGCUUGACUGUAACGCUGUCACUGCCAGAACACAGUUAGGUAUAUUGACUUUCUUCACCAUGGUCACACAACCGUCGGCUGCUGGUAUUAUUCUUCCAAAAGUUUCAUACAUUAUAGCAAUAGAUGCUUGGCAUUUCAUGUGUUUGAUCUUUGUUUUUGCAUCAGUUAUAGAAUUUGCAGUUGUGAAUGUUCUAGCAAGGAGGUGUAUUCCACAAUAUGACAAUGAAACAAUGGGGCGAAGCUUGCAUACUGGUGACGAACAGGUACGUUUGUAUUUGUGCAGAAUAUUAUCGUUGACGAGGCGCGUUUUUGACAUAUAUAUAGUAACAUGCAGUGGACGAAGUAAAGCUGAGAAGUUGGAUAAACUUUCGCGAAUUGGUUUUCCUCUUAUGUUUUUGAUUUGUACACUAGUAUAUUGGAUUUUAGUUUUUAUGUUAUGA